AUGGGGAGCUGGAGGACUAGGGCCGGGUCAUUCCUCAUCAGCUAUCGCGGGGGUGAUUCUCGACGCGUCGGUUAUGUGAGUGCCGGUUUUUGGGCUGGAAUCACUCUUGGGCGAUUUCUGAUUGUGUAUCCUGCCCAUCGAAUUGGAGAGAAAAUUGUCGUUGGGUUACUGGUUGUCGGAGCGAUCGCCUUUCAACUCAUGACCUGGCUAAUCCCAAAUAUUAUCGGUGAAGCUGUGUCUGUAGCGAUCCUGGGCUUGAUUAUUGGGUCCCUUAUAUCCAUGCUCUACGGCGGUUUUCGCGAAGCUCUUACCCCGAAGCAUGCAACUUGUAAGCCUGAGCUUCAUCAGUGCCCUUGGGAGCAGUGA